CAUCUCUGCCCUUGUUAUCUUAGUUGUUGUCACUCAUCACUAUCUUGACAUUGGAUUCAUUCUUUGACACCAUCCUAGGUAUCAUACACACCUCUGAUUUCUUUCUCUCUUUCUGUUUUUGCUUCUCUAUUUCUUUUCCUUCGCCCCCUGCAGCCCGGUCGAUCGCAAUUCAAGACCCAUCACCCCGAUCAUACAGAGUACAGAUCACAGAAUACAUCCCUUCAUCCUCCGGCCGAUCCUUCCCACAUUCCAAGGCGUCCCAAUCUCUCCACCUGGCAGAUUGCUUGGCGAUUUCCACCGCUAUCGCGGGUUUGUGCUCCACAGCGGGCGCCAUAGUUCAUCACUUCCGAAUCGCUGAUCAGAGCGCUAAAAAAUAACCCAACAUAAAUAAAAAACAUGGCCGCCCCCCAGCCCGUCGCAUCGCCUCCUCGACACGGUCGACGUUCCAGUCUAGGAGCCCGAUCCGAAAAAUCUCAUCGUUCCACCCCCUCCGCCAACAAACUUCAUCUGACCGAAUCCCACGAAGAUAAAGUCAAGCGCAAUCUACAUACCAAAGCUGAUCCCAUGCUGGCCAUGAAUGAGGCGCAACCGAUCGCAGUUGCUUUGGAGAAAUCCACACUGGGCUCAUUACGGGAAAUGCAGCACAAGGAUCAGUUUGGGAAUAUCAUCACUGAUCCGGAUCGAUCGAACCCGACCCGGCCCCGGCUGGAGCGCCCGCUGGACACGAUCCGCUCCUUCGAAGCCGCCAUUUAUGGCUCGUCCAGUAGUAGACCGGUGUCGUAUGCAAAGACGGAAGAACCCACAGGCGAUGGCGCAUACAGUCGCCGCAGCAGUUACUUUGGAGGAGCCAAUGUAUACCGCCAUAGCGAACAGAGUGCAUAUUACAACGGUCGAGGACAAAGCUACUCGCGACCGGUCAGUUACGUCGAGAACUAUGGCAAUGGCAAUGGCAAUGGCCAGCCGUCCGAUCACUUUUACCCUUACAACCAAGGCGGCGGUCGAUCCCGUCGACCGCCCCCGCGCAUGAACGCAGAACAAGUGUCUUAUGGGGGCAAUGGGCCGAAUGGAUAUGCGCAGAAUGGGUACGGACGGUCGAACGAGAACAUGGCCACGCCCUCUGGUUCAGGCACGGGACCAAAUACCGACCCAUGGGGCAACUCGACCGAUCCCAGUUCGGUCAACAGUUCCCUCGACCAACUGCAGCAGCAACAACAACAACAGCAGCAGCAGCAGCAGCAGCAGCAGCAGAAAGUAUCGACGGUGGACUAUGGAUUUCAAUUCGGCCCUACACCGAACUUAGAUCCCAAUCCUGUUGCAACCAGCGGAAGGAUCAACCUGGGUAGUACAGUCCCAGCCACCGAUCCCAGUGCCGGGGGCCCAGUGGGUGGGCCUGCAGCCGGUGCAGCACCCACGCGUCGCAAUCUACGCAAAUCCAUCAAUAACGCCUCCGAAACGAGCGACUCGAAGAGCGACACGAAGCGACGAAGCUGGUUCAAGCGGAGAUUCUCCAAAGACUAACCACCAUACCUGUAUCUUGCCUCUUUGGAUUCACCGUUUCCACUCCACGAGCGAUUUUCUUUCCAUUCAUCACUGUAAUAAUUGAUAUGGCGUUUAGGCGAGUCAUCCACAAUAGCGACGGAACAGCGAUGCAGGCUCAACUGAACGGAUUUGGGAGACUUCACUCCGGUGGAGAUCAUCCCGAUACUUUCUUUUGAUUGAUUGAUUUUCUUCUACUUUCCUUAACGCGAUUGACGAGUUAUGAUUGAUACACGGGGUAUACGCUGUACUGAUGGUAACUUGUAUUCUUCCCCUACUACCCUUCCUUUUGUGGUUGAUAUUACCCCUUUCGAGUGGAGGCCUUACAUACAUGAUUCUCGGCCACGAUAAAUAUAAUUGACUGUUUAUAUUAUUCUA